GAUGGGUUAAAAAUUUUACUGGAAUUGAAUCUAAAAAACUUCAAAUAGAACGAGUUUCAUGGGAUGGACUUAUUUAUAAUAAAGAAGAAUUCGGUAUGCCGGCUCCUAAUGGAAAUUAUUUUUUAAGAAUUAAAGCAUUAAAAAUGUUUGGUGAUAUUAAUAACAAAAAAGAUUAUGAAUCUUGGGUUAGUAUUAAAUUUGUAAUUAAGAGAAAUGCAUGA